AUGGCUCUUUCUGCGCCGGAGCAACGCCUACUCGACGAGUACGGCAUUGUCCUGCCGAUUACGAAGAUGUAUAGAAACAGGUGUCGUCGCGCCGGGUUUCUGAGGAGCAACGAACCACGCAUGCGCCUGCCGUUUUUCUUUGCUUCCUAAAGAGAAACUGCAGUACUAGAGAAAUUAUAAAAAAUUUUGCAUAAAAUAACCUAGCAGCCAUGGUGCAUGUGUGAUUCAUUACUACCAGCGGAACACCGCGCAGACACAAGUUUUUUGCGCUGCAUUCAAACUUCCAUUUCGAAGCCCGGUGGUAACUUCCUGCCGUUUCGCCGACAUGGUGAUGUGGUUUACAUCUCCGGACGAAUUCCCGAAAUCCUAACGGGGUCCGAGCUGAUCCAGGACGAGGCAAAAGCCAGCGCCAAGGGCCUCACUGCUCCUGCCGACCACACGCAGUUUGUCUGUGGGAAGGUCGGCGCAGAAGUAUCAAGGGGAAAAAUCCCCCCUCCCCAUAUCGAAACGAAGUUUGUGAUGCUGGAUUUGCGUACACAAAUCAGGUCUGUCUUGCUGGAGAGGACUGCAGGCAUAUGCCGAGCCUGGAUCGAGAGGUUCUGACGUAGGGGACUAGCAUGACAGAUGUCGGCUCUGUAAGCCCAACAGCAUCACAAACCGCCGGCAUAAUGCGGCGGACUCUCUGGCUUUGCCUUCCCGCAACACAGACAGGAUUUGUGACCUCAAAUCUGCAUCACAAAUUUUCAAACGGAUGCGUUUUCAAUAUGGGGAGGGGAGAUUUUUCCUCUCAAUAAGAAGUCUCCCUUGAGCUGGCGCAGGUCGCCGCCCGGCUGUGCUGCGUGUCACUUUAUGGAUUGCAAAAAUGUCUGGGUCUGGAAGAUUUCGAGAUUUCUCAUGCUGGUUUGGCAUGACUGUGAAUUCUGUAUUGCGUGGCCACGAAGACCUCCUCUUGUCUGUCAUGCAAAAAUGAUGUUUCUCAUGCGGAAUACGCAACAGAGAGCCACGAGAAAAUCUGUCAUGCUUGGCGGUGCAUUACAAGGCGCUUUCUGUUUACUGACAUGCAUCACAAGUUUCCAGACCCAGACAUUUUUACAUUUGAUACACUUCUGCGAAAUCUGAAACUUGCUUGUCCUGGCGGGGACCUGGGAAAAAUCAAAGCCUUUCUUAACGUCCAAGGGUUUGUGAACGGCGAGCCGCUGUUUGGUGACCACCCUAAGGUAUGAAUUUAGUACGACUGCUUGGAGGACAAUUACUGCUAGUACUAGGCGCUGUAGUACUAGGCGCUGUAUCUGUGCUGAGAAUGAUUUACCUAUAGAUUUUGUUUCACUCACUCACACUCUCGUGUUUUGUUGCUCUGUUUGGCUAGUAUGCUUUCAUUGUUGCGGAAUCAAUACUAGCUGACUGGCAGGUGAUUAAUGGGUGCAGCGACAUGCUGUGCGACCUCUUCGGGGCAGAGAUCGGAGCCCAUUCGCGAUUCGCCGUUGGUAGCGGCAGUCUUCCUCGCGGCGUAAGUGUUGAGGUGGCUGCGGUUGUAGCCGUGGCAGAAUCAUGAGGCGCUAAGCCGGACUACUUGCUUUUUUAGACGUCAUCAUCGCGAGCGGCAUGACCAAGAUCGAUAACCAAGCGCAUAGUGCUCCUUUGCUGCAGGGGCGGCAUGCUCACGUACUCUGAUCCGAAAGCAGUAUGUUCUUGAUUUGCACCGGAUGCUGUGAUCGCAAAACACCACCUGUGUCAAUGAAUCAAUAUGAUGAUGAUCGCAAGGCGUGCAGGCAAAUACC